AUGAGAGCUUCCUGGCCCCAGUUCAGCAUUGAUGACACCUUUGCACUGUUCCUGGAGGACACAGGCCCUGCUUCUGAAAGCAGCAUGAUCACCAGAUUCGAGUCCCUGCACUUCGAGCGUUGGACCCGGUUAGAGGUGGCCAAUGAGGACAAGCAGUCCCCGCUACGCUACCAGAACCUGGAGAAUGAAGAGGAUGGAGCCCAGGCCUCACUACAACCAGAAGGGGGAGUCAGCACUAGGGAUUCAACCCAAACCUCCAUCCGAAGCACUAUCAACACCAGCACCCAGAAUUCCUCCAACAUUUGCUGUGUCUCCAGAGCCAUCCUCUUCGUGCCUGGCUUCCUGUUGUUGGUCUCUGGAGUCUACCAUGUGAUCUUCUUCUGCUGCGCCUUGAAAGGUCUCAGUGGCUUCCACUUCUUCUACCUGCCUUACUGUGAGAAGUGA